GCGGCUCGAUGGGCGGGGCUUCCCGGGACCGGGUCAAGGGUCAGAAGGCGGAGGCGUGCCCAAGAUGGCUGCCUCCAUGUGCGACGUGUUCUCCUUCUGCGUGGGCGUGGCGGGCGGCGCCCGGGGCGCCGUGGAAGUCCGUUUUGUGAGCAGCGCCAAGGGAAAGGGGCUGUUCGCCACACAGCUGAUCCGGAAGGGAGAGACCAUCUUCAUUGAAAGGCCCCUGGUGGCUUCACAGUUUCUCUGGAAUGCACUUUAUCGGUAUCGAGCUUGUGACCACUGUCUUCGGGCACUGGAGAAGGCAGAGGAGAAUGCCCAGAGGCUGACUGGGAAACCAGGCCAGGUUCUCCCACACCCAGAGCUGUGCAGUGUGCGCAAGGACCUCCACCAGAACUGCCCCCACUGCCAGGUGAUGUACUGCAGUGCAGAGUGUCGGCUGGCAGCUGCGGAGCAAUACCACCGCAUCCUGUGCCCAGGCCCAUCCCAGGACGACCCCCGGCACCCCCUCAAUAGGCUGCAGGAGGCAUGGAGGAGUGUUCACUAUCCUCCGGAGACAGCAAGUAUAAUGCUGAUGGCUCGGAUGGUGGCCACAGUGAAACAGGCCAAGGACAAGGACCACUGGGUCAGGCUUUUUUCCCAGUUCUGCAGCAAAACAGCCAAUGAGGAGGAGGAAAUUGUCCACAAACUCCUAGGGGACAAAUUCAAGGGCCAGCUGGAACUUCUGCGUAGCCUUUUCACAGAGGCCCUUUAUGAGGAGACCCUCAGCCAGUGGUUCACGCCAGAUGGAUUCCGGUCUCUCUUUGCCCUUGUUGGGACCAAUGGUCAAGGGAUUGGAACCAGCUCCCUCAGCCAGUGGGUGCAUGCCUGUGAUGCUCUGGAGCUGAAGCCGCAGGACCGGGAACAGCUGGACACCUUCAUUGACCAGUUGUACAAGGACAUCGAGGCAGCAACCGGCGAGUUCCUGAACUGUGAAGGGUCUGGCCUCUUCGUGCUUCAGAGCUGCUGCAACCACAGUUGUGUCCCCAAUGCAGAGACUUCCUUCCCAGAAAACAACUUCCUUUUGCAUGUUACCGCUUUGGAGGACAUUAAACCAGGCGAGGAAAUCUGUAUCAGCUACUUAGAUUGCUGUCAGCGGGAGCGCAGCCGCCACAGCCGCCACAAGAUCCUCAGGGAGAACUACUUGUUCAUCUGUUCCUGUCCCAAAUGCCUGGCAGAGGCCGAUGACCCUAAUGUGACCUCAGAAGAAGAGGAGGAAGAAGAUGAGGAAGGAGAGCCUGAAGAUGCAGAGCUAGGGGAUGAGAUGACUGAUGUGUGAUGUUGCCCUGCCUGGAAGGGGCCCGCCCUCCACAAAUGUGGUCGGAAGGACAGCCCCUCCCCCUCGCACCCGUUGCCUGCUUUCUCCCUUCUGGCAUUCUGUCAGGAAAGGAGAGAGGCUGGACCUGAGCCCCACCCCUCACCAGACCUCAUGCCCUGAGCACUGCUGCUGAGCUGCAUUGGCCCUGUGCCAUCACCAAGCCUUCCAGAACUGGUCUUCCCCCACCAUGGUCCACCGUAGCUGUGAGACUGGAACAGGCUCCAGGCCUCAUAGUUUUCUUCCUCUGGGCUCCUUGGCCCAUACUCACCCAUCCGCCUGAGGCUUGGCCCCUCUUGACUGGCUGUUAACUUGAGGGGAGCAACAAAGUGGCCAGUCUGAAAGCAGACUGGUUUCCUUGAGAGGUGAUAUGAUGCCUUACCUCUUUCUUACUGCUCACCUACACAGCUGCAGCUGAAGCAGUGGCCUGCCACUUGGCAGCAAGAGGCAGGAACAAAGGUCUAGGCCUUCAGAACACUUCAAAAGACUGUGCCUGGGAUGCUGGGCUGUUCCCAUUGGACACUGGGGAGGUGGAGAUUAACCUAUUCUCCAGACUCCAGAUUGUUGCGCCUGUGCCUUGGCUCUUAUGCUCAGGCAAGGUGGCUAGCCCUAAAAGGUAUGGAAGAGGCUUAUCUUCAUCAGGACUCUAGCAGAAUGCCAGAUGACAGAUUGUGCUCCUUAAUUUAGGAUGCUCCACUCUUCCCUGCGACCAGCUGAAAUGGUCUAGCAAAUGGCCUCAUCCACUUUUAAGAUAUCCAUAGAGGAGCACUGAAGUCUUCCAGAAACCUGAAGGAGCAGGGCAGACGCUUGGAGAUGAGCCAUGACUUUGUUCCCUCCUUGCCACAGAUGACCAUCUCAUUCUUGGGGUGGGCAUCAUGGAACGACAGCUACCACCCCCAUUCUUUCCCUGAAAGGUCUGCACAUAGCCCUGCUAGGGGCUCCCAGGGAGGACCAGUGCCUAUGCUACAGGCUUUUUCUAAGGUGGAGCCAGGUGAAAUGUGCCUGACUGGCCCCCUUAACCUGUUGGGCACACUCCUUCUCAAUAGCCAGCACCCUCUCCCUCUGGCCUCAAUAAAAUGUGAGUGGUG